AUGCAGACGGUGCCUAAGAAGGUGGCGACAAAGAAAAAGAAAUGCCCUAUCUGCAAGUGCUCGCUGUCUUCUUCUUACGCUAAGAAGCUCUGUCAGCAGUGCAUUGAGAAGACGGUGGCUGAGGAGACUCCGAGUCUUCUAAAAGACAUUAAGUCUAUUAUGUCCGAAGUCAAAAAUUCCCUGAAAGCCGGUAGGAAGAGAAGAAGAGCGGUGAGGCAGGAGUCCGACGUGGAAUCGGAAGGUAGCGGCUCUCUCUCCGGGGAUGAGGACUCUAAUGAUUCCUUCUCUUCUGAGGAUGACACAAAAGAAGGAAAGUUCCUAUUUCCAGCAGAAGAUACGGACAAAUUGUUAAAGGUUAUCCGAUCUACCCUGGAGUUGGAAUAUACCAGAGAAAAUAGAUCUGUAGAGGAUGUUGUGUUUGGGGGACUUAGGGAAAGGAAGCGUAGGUGUUUCCCUGUCCAUAAAUCGGUUUCAGCUGUGAUAGAAAAAGAAUGGAAAAAACCGGAUAAAAAAACGUUUAUUUCUAAGACCUUUAAACGGAAGUACCCCUUUGAGGAAGAGGCGUCUACAUCUUGGGACAGGGCCCCGAAACUGGAUGUAGCCAUUUCCAAGAUUUCUAAAAAAUCCGCUCUGCCCUUUGAGGACAUGGGAUUCUUAAGGGAUCCCUUAGAUAAAAGAAUAGAUUCUUCCCUUAAGAAUUUGUGGGAAUCUUCUGCGGCUGCUUUCAGGCCUAGUAUAGCUGCCACUGUGGUUGCGAGAUCUAUGUCACUGUGGUUGGAUAGGCUAGAGGGGCAGAUUAGGGAUAAAUGCCCUAGAGAGCAGUUGUUAGCAUCUAUGCCCACUUUCCAGAAGGCCACAGACUUUAUUGCAGAUGUUGCAGUGGACGCGGUGAGGCUGGAAGCGAGAGCCGCAUCCCUUUCCAAUUCUGCGCGACGUGCUUUGUGGCUUAAGAAUUGGAAAGGGGGAGAUAUGCCGUCCAAGCUGAGGCUUCAGCUUGACUCUAUUUCUGACCUUCUCUUUGGCACAAAGGUCUUGAGUACUGUUUCCCACCCUGAGGAUGAUCUCUGAAAUCUCUCUCUAAGGUGCUGUCGUGGGGGAGGGGAAAAAUGAUGAUUACACUUACCGGUAAUCGGAUUUUCCUGACCCCACGACAGCACCUCUUUAUUCCCUCCCUGUUGGUGUAAGUCUGUGUGUUCACGGGUGUUGCAAAAAAAAAAAGAAGAAUGUUAAACUAACGUAAGGGGAGUCCCUCUCAUGCUCUGGAAACUCACUGAGGUGGGAGAGCGGCUCCACCUUUUUAUGCUGCAGGAUUCCUGUCCUG